AUGCUAUUGUUAAUUAGUUUUGCGAAACACUCAAACAAAAUAAACAUGUCCGCCUACAUGAUGCGUCUCCUUUGCCUGGCCGCCUGCUGCCUAACCAUCACAAUGGCCUACAAGCCCUCGAAUUAUGGCCGUCAGUCCUAUGCCGAUAUUGUCAAGCCCUACGAGACAGCUGAGGCUCAGGCCGCCGCCUUGACCAAUGCUGCCGGAGCAGCGGCUUCUGCUGCCAAAUUGGAUGCUGCCAAUUGGUAUGAGCUCAACCGUUAUGGCUGGGAGCAGGGCAAACCAUUGUUGGUCAAGCCAUACGGCCCAUUGGACAAACUCUAUGCUGCUGCUUUGCCACCACGCUCCUUCGUUGCUGAGAUCGAUCCCGUCUUCAAGAAGAGCCACUAUGGUGGUGCCUAUGGCGAGAAAUCCGCCAUUCUGCAAACUGGCUCCAAAUUGGCAGCUGCUGCUGUUUAAAUUCAAUCAGCUAACUGUGUUCUCUCCGUCUGUUCUUGUUACAGUUUCAAGACUCUUAAUAAAUAGUGAUAGUUUAAAGUGAAA